AUAAGUAUUAAAGCUUGCAAAAGCAGCUGAUUAUUCAAAGUCACCUGUUAGCUGAAAGCAUGAUAAUGUGAAAAUUAUUUUCCAGCAUUGCCAAAUUAAUUCAGCUUACAGCCAGACAAAUGAAAAAUGAAAGCUAAAAAGCUAGAAUUCAAAAAACCCCUAUCAUGACCUCUUCUCCAUUUGGAGUUGUGACUUUUCUAAAGUGUUAGGAUAAUGAGGUGAUGUAAUUUUUCUCACAACUGAUCUCCUAGUUAUGCGUAAUGAAGAUCAUGUAUUUCAUGGGGUAGAGUAUUGCUGAGUUCUUUUUUUAGGCUUAAGUUAAGCAAAGACUGUGCACAUCUCCUCUAAACACUUUAGUUUUUGGGUUUAAAUCCAAUAAAAUUCAUAGGUGUUUAUCAUUCACAUAAGGUUAUGUUGUAUUUAGAGGCUUUGAGGACUGAAAAGGAUUAUUAGAUUGAGGUCUUACAUGUGUUUGUUCAGGAAAAUUGAACAGUGGGCACAAAACAGCUCACUAACCAUUAGGAUAGUUGUGAACAAUUUACACUUCUUGGAACUCUUCUAUACAGAAUUCUUCUGGGAUCUGUGAACUUCCCUAGGGGUGGAGGGAGUAGGCAAAGGGGAAAGAAGGGAAUAAAAAGAGCAAAGCCACAAAUGUUUGAACUUCUGUAAUUAUUUAAACUCUACCAUUUGUCAUUUAGCAGAUAUGUAGCAUUGAGAAUAAUUUUAAAAGGGCAAAUUAAUCAGAAUAGCUUAAUUAAUAUAAAAAGUCAUAACACUGAUGUGAAUCUUUGAAAACAUUCCCUAAGGCAGUAGGGUUAAAGCAACAUCAGAAAGUUAAGUAAUCGAUAAAAAGAAAUUAGUUUUAAUUAAGUUGAUGGCAAUUAGAUCCUGUACUUCAGAGUAUGAGAGUAGCAUUACAGCUAUCAGCAAAAUGUUUUCUCUAUGCACAAUGUGAGACAAAUGGGCAUUUGUAUAGUGGGAUAGUAGUUUUUUGCUUUGUUUUCUCUUAAAGUUUCAGGUGUUGGCUACUGCCAUACAUACACAUUGCAGAUUUGUUUUGGUAUUGUAGUAGAGGUGAAUAAGCCUUAACAGUGAUUUUGUUUAUAAAAUUGCUGUUGGAAAUUUCGUCUUUUGCUUUCCAAUCUUUCAAUUGCUUUUAUGGAUGCAUAGUACCUAAAAUUCAUACAAAGAACCUGUCAGGCCUUUGAUGCAGAAGAAACUUUUAGACACACUAUGUAACACUCUUACAACCAACACAAACUUAGUGAUUCCAUUCUAAAGUAACAGAGGAUAAGCCAUCACUAUACACUCAGCAAGUGCUUAUAAUAUAUACAUGUAUAUAUACUGUAUAUAAUAUACUGUAAUGGGGUCUUCCUUAGCUGUUGCUUUUUAUCUACUGCAAAACAGUCUUCAAAGAAUGAAAACCUACAAAUUAGUUUUCAGUUUCCUACUCAAUUUAUUUAAAACCAGGGGGUUCUUCACAUUACUUUGAUCUUGUAUGUAUUUGUUUUGUAACCUCCAAAAAUAAAGUGAGAGGGAAGUUGAUAAUGUGCAGUUCUGUUUGAAGAUCUGAGCUGGAAAUAGAAGAUUUUCUCUAAUGUUUAUCUACUUAUUAACCACUCAUAUGUAAUUCUCUUUAAAUUAUUAUGUGCUGGAUUUACAUAUGAUUUGGUUUUUUAAAUGAAUUCUGGAGAUAUAUUCAGGGGUUUAGAUUGCAAUCUCCUGUUUGGCUUGUAACAGGGUGUUCUCAUGAAUCAAAUUAGUCACAAUGCUGCCUUUCUUGAGCUCUGCAAGGAGCAUGGAGGAAUUUUUUGGGCCCUGGCUCUUGGUUUUGAUUUCUCUCAGGUAGCAGUGGAUUUGGGGUGUUUUGCAGGGACUAAGGAGGUUUGCAGUUGCAGUGGAUUUUCAUAAGCUCCAUGUCAAAGAUCAGCCCUUAUGUCCUCACUUUUCAAAGGCUGGGCUGCCAUUUUGGUCUGGAAACUUUUUAGCUUCACCACCUUCCACGGUGUCCUUGUUGGAAAAGAGAUUUUGAGUGCUUUACCACUGAGUGUGUUUCAUGCUUCCCUUUGGUUUCUGACAGAGUUUGAGUUUUCUCUUGUAAAAUGCUUACACUUUGGUCUGAGCGUGAUGUCCCACAAACCAGUUCCUGUUCAUGAGGGUAUAGACAAGAGCCUAUGGUGUAGAGCUGCCUUUUAUGCUUGGCUUUCUGAUGGCAGAUUUUACAGAUUUCUGUUUCCCUUGUGCUGGUAGAAGUGCUUGGGCAUUUGUGCCCAGCUGUUGCUGAUCUUGUACCUUUGAAAAGAAGGCCUACGGCACGCUGAUUUCCUAUCAGUACUGAUCAGUUCCAUACUGAUUUACCUCAUUUUCACACUCGAGAGUUUUGGCAUGCAGACCCAUUUAAGGACCUCUUCCCGGGAAAGUACUGAACUACUCCUGCAUCUGCUAGCAGUGGUACAUGGUCACACUACUGUGUGCUUUGUUCUUGCUCUGGACAAGUCUAACUCCAGUAUGGACAUCAAGUCAUGGCAUAGUAUCUACAUGCUUCUGUCUGGUCCAGUUUCUGUUCCAUUGACUUGAGGUGAUACUUUUUUGUGGAAGUCUUCGCUGUAUACAGAUUUAUCUUUAUCUAUCAAGAUGUUCUUGGAACAUUUCUCAGAAGAAAGGAUCAUACCUGCAAACUGGCCUCACAUAGGUAACACUGAGAAUGUGUGAAUAUCCAGGACAUUGAGGUGGUGUUAGUGUCUGUUGGACUCUGAUAGCCAAGUGUAAGAGCACCUUGCCCGUCAGUGUACCAGGUGUUCCCUGGGUCAGUACCAAGAGAGGAGAAAGAACUUGAAGAUGCGCCCUAAUGGUGUCUGGGAUGAUAGUAGACCUCCCAGACAUGGAAGAAAAUCCUGCCUCACUUUUGGCACUUUGGAAUCAGCACCAAGAAGGGUACCCAUAAAUUUUCUUUUGGGAGAAGAGAAGGAUACUCCAUUCAGACUCAGGAUCUGAAUAAAGAACCAGGACAUGUCUGAGACUGUGCUGGGCAUCCAGAUCUCUUUGUAGAGACAGAAACUCCAGAGACAGCAGCCAAGUGGGUUUGGGAGGAGAGAAGCUCAGGAAAUAAGGGAAUCAACACAAGAUGCAACAAAUGUACCAAUGCCACAGUUGGAGAAUUCUGGCUCCCUAGCUGAAGCAUUUGAUCAGGUGUCUGGCAACAUAAGUGAUGAUUCUUGACAAAUUUUCCUGACAACAAAUGGAAAAGAAGGAAAACAUGUUGCUUUUUGACUUCUAGAGAGACAUGGGAAGGGACUCUGGAGUUUACAAAAUGCAUUCUGGAAAAUGGAAGUUCGAAGAUGAUAAACUAAACUGAUUUUCUGAUUGCCAAGACAAGUCUAGGGAAGAGGACAGAGAAGCUAUGGCAGGGAGACUGCAUAAUGGGGAAAAGAAGCUGGGAGAGCAAGAGUUCCAGCAGAAGCUGUUCAGGGAGUACAUGCAUUGCCCGAAGGCUGGCUGCACGGCUUUGAGACAACAGCAGAAAAGAAGAAAUGGAGUCUCAAUGAUGGUAAACAAGACUGUUCCUCGUGUUGUUUUGACACCAUUAAAGGUGUCCGAUGAGCAGUCGGAUUCACCUUCAGGAUCGGAAUCUAAAAAUGGCGAAGCAGAUGGUUCUGAUAAAGAGAUGAAACAUGGGCAAAAGUCUCCAACUGGAAAGCAAACAAGCCAGCACUUAAAGAGGUUAAAAAAAUCUGGUUUAGGACAUUUGAAAUGGACCAAAGCUGAGGAUAUUGACAUAGAAACACCGGGAUCUAUUCUAGUGAACACUAACCUGAGGGCUUUAAUAAAUAAACACACCUUUGCUUCUUUACCUCAGCAUUUUCAACAAUACCUCCUGCUUUUGCUUCCAGAAGUAGACAGACAGAUGGGGAGCGAUGGAGUUUUGCGCCUCAGUAGCUCCGCUCUAAAUAACGAGUUCUUCGCGUACGCGGCGCAAGGGUGGAAACAGCGACUGGCAGAAGGAGAAUUUACACCAGAAAUGCAGUUGCGCAUCAGACAAGAGAUUGAAAAGGAAAAGAAAACAGAGCCUUGGAAAGAAAAAUUCUUUGAAAGGUUUUAUGGUGAAAAGUUGGGAAUGUCAAGAGGAGAAUCAAAGAAGCUCACUGCAGUGCAGAACAAUGAUGAAGAUGAAAGUAAUUCUUUGUGCAGAUCUUCUGGCACACCUGGUCCUUCUAAGCAAGCAACCUUUGAGGAUCAAGAGGAGAAAGGUGCUAAAGUUCAACCUUUACCAGAGACAGAUUAUAGUCCAUCUCAUUGUAGUAUGGAACAGGUUCCUGUCAAGGAUCUAACAGCAGAUUCUGAGGAUAUACUGAUACCUGAAGAAUCAGUAAUUCAGGAGGAAAUUGCUGAAGAGGUCGAGACAAGUAUUUGCGAAUGCCAGGAGGAGAACCAUAAACCAGAGCAUGAGUUUUCUGAGGAGUCUGUAAGUCCAGCCGGCACAAAUGAGGAAACAGAGGCAGUACAGCUUGCAGACAGCACUGAGUCCUGUGUCAUGAUGAAUGAUGUAACUGAUACCGUAUCUCGCAUUGAAAUUAAAGUAGAGUUGAAGUCAGAAUGCCCUCAGGAGGAAAUGUCAGUUGUGAUAGAUCAGCUGGAGGAUUGCAUAUCACCAGCACGAUCAGCUUCAUCUACAAACUCUGUCAGCGGUACAGCUGAGAAGGAUUCUGAGUCUGCAAAAGAGCUAAUUGUGCCAGAAAUGCAAAGUGCUGCUCUGGAAGGCUCCUUGUUCACUGGUGGAGGCAUUGCAGUGGAUAUGGAGCUUCAGAGCGACCCUGAGGAACAGUUGUCUGAGAAUGCUUGUAUUUCUGAAACUUCCUUUUCCUCUGGAAGUCCAGAAGUUUGUAUUGCCUCUCCUGGAGGAGACACUCAGUCGACUUCGGAGGAACCCUGUACUCCAGCAUCUCUUGAAACAGCUUGCUCAUCUGAAGUGUCCAGUUCUGAAAAUAUUGAAGGUGAUAUUCAGCAAAAGGCCAGUGAUGAAAACUUGAACACACCCUUAAUGUCGGAAAUCUCUCCGAUGUCCACCUCACCUGUAACCUCAGAAGCAUCUUUGAUGUCAAAUUUACCUUUAACGUCAGAGGCAUCACCAGCUUCUAAUUUACCUUUAACAUCAGAAACCUCUCCAAUGUCUGAUUUGCCUUUAACAUCAGAAACAUCUUCAGUAUCUUCUGUUCUUUUAACUUCUGAAACAUUUGUGGCAAAUAGUUUGCCUCUUCCAUCAGAGAUAUCUCCAGUUUCUAAUUCCCCAAGCAAUGAAAGACUUACUCUGCAACAAAGGAAAUCACCAUGUUUGUUGGAAGAUUCUCUUCCCACUCUGAAAGAAGAAAGCUCUGUCAUUCCUAAGGUGGUUCAAGAAGAGAAUCUUGUUCAGCCAAAACAACUUCAGAGUGCCUCUGAAAAUAUGAAAGUUGGUCCACUAACAGUUAUGCCUGAUACUUCAGUAUUGGAAGAGUCCCAAAGCAAAAACCUCAGUCAUCAGCCAUGUAAGACACAUUCUGAAAUUGAGAAAUCCUACAUUGCAUCCAUCCCAGAACACACCCCUCCAGAGGUGAUCAAAAAUAAAAAUCACAGUGUUCAGCAAAGAGGUGACAAGAAAGGUACACUCUUGCCCUCAGAGGUGUCUCUCUUAUCAGAAGGAUCACUUGGCAAAAAUAUCGAAUUGCUUCCAUCAAAGCCACAUGAUAAACUAUAUACCUCAUCUCUAGAGAAAGCUGCGUUCUCUGAAGUGUGCAGAAGUAAAUCUCACAAGCUCACAGGCAGCACCCAAAGUCGUCUAGAGAGUUCCCAUUCUUCCAAGUCUUUAGAACCCACAAAAUCACCAGAAGCAAGAAAUGAAAGUAGAGACCCAGAGAUCCCAAAGAGGAAAACAGCAGAACAGCACGGUUUUGGAAUCUGUAAAGAGAAGAGAGCUAGAAUAGAUGAUGAUUUGCCUAGUCGUAGUGCUUCAUCAACAAGUCCAUCUGAUAAAGAACAGCCACCUAGAGAGGAGCCCCGAGUUCCACCCCUUAAGAUUCAGCUUUCAAAAAUUGGACCACCUUUUAUCAUCAAGAGCCAGCCUGUUUCUAAACCAGAACCUCGAGUUUCCCCAAGUACAUCAGUCAGCAGUGGGAGAAACACUGGGGCUAGAACUCUGGCAGAUAUCAAAGCAAGAGCUCAGCAAGCAAGAGCCCAAAGAGAAGCUGCAGCUGCAGCAGCCGUGGCAGCAGCUGCCAGCAUAGUCUCUGGUGCAAUGGGGACCCCAUGCGAAGGUGGGAAGACAAGAACACUGGCACACAUCAAGGAGCAAACAAAGGCCAAGCUAUUUGCAAAGCAUCAAGCCAGAGCUCAUUUACUCCAGACUAAUAAAGAAUCAAAGUCACAGUUCAGCUCAAAGGAAAGUAGUACCUCAUCUCUGGAAAUACCAACGACUACUGACACGAAGAUUGAAGGUUCUACUGGUGUCAUUAUAGUUAAUCCUAACUGCAGGUCCCCUAGCAACAAGUCUUCUCAUCACCGUGAGACCACCACUUUAUUGCAGCAGUCCCUUAACACAGCUACAUUACCAGAAACUGCUACUGAGAUAUCUGUGCACAGUUCUGAUGAAAAUAUACCUGUGCCACAAUUUUGUGAGAAAAUUAUUUCAUCUACCUCUACUGAAAGUAACAGUGUGCCAGUGCUUUAUAAUAAAAGUUCAGUCUCUGUGUGUGUUUGCAGCACUGCUAUGUCUGGAGCAAUUAAAGAACUUUCUUUUGCAAGUUCUGUUGAUAAAUCCUCUGUGUUAAUGUCUGUUGACAGCGCAAACACAGCAAUUUCAGCCUGUAAUAUAAAUAUGCUGAAAACCAUCCAAGGGGCUGAUACUCCAUGCAUAACUGUUGGACCAAAAUGUAUUGAUAACAGUAAUGUACCAGUCUCCGUAGACAACACAGUCUUAUCAAACUCCAUCGAUGACAAAAGGUUGCCAGUACCCAGUAGCAAUGUGAAUAACGCUGUCUCCAGUCAUUAUGCCACUGUGCCAGCUUCAUCUAUUGCAAGUAACUUGCCAAAUCAUCUCUCUGGUAGUUCUGUACUGAUUCCCCCAGUGGGGGCUACCAACAGAUUUCCUUCUGAUAAGAUAGCCAUAACCAGGUGUAGCGAGCAGAGCACUGUCUCCAUCCACACUACCGUCAGGUCAGCUUUAAGUUGCAGUGAGGCCCUUGCAGCAGCAGAUUCUGUUGCAAGGCCACCUAUCUCAAUGUUUACUGGUAACAUGGUGACAAUAAGCUCCUAUGAUAAUGCUACUAAAUUGAAUGCUGAUCUCUUAGAAAAAAGCUCUGGAGCAAGAAACCGGAUGGAUCUCUCUGGCAAAUCUCAUCCACUGAGCUUUACACAAACUGCCAUGAAUAGGUCUAUACCUUGUAAAGUCAUUGUUGACCACACUACGAACCAGAAUUCCAGUCUGUCACUUUCUUCCUCCAUUGAAAACGUAGAGAACAGCAUUGACCUGCAGAGCAGACCCGUAAGGACAGAAGCUGCCUUACAAAGUAUAGCUUGUCCUCAGGUGUCUGUCAUAAGCAGGCCUGAAGUGGUUGCCAAUGAAAACCUUGAGCACAGUUCCAGCUUUGUCACCAUUACAGCAAAGCAAGACAGCAAAAACUUGCAGGCAGGUUGUUCAAGUCUUCGAGAAGUGCCUCUUGCUCCUCAAGAUAAAUUAAUUGAGGUGGUUACUACCAGCCAAGGCUUUGCUGAGCAACUAAGAGGUCCUUCAGCACUGAAAAAUGAGGCCAAUGCUGCCUGUGCCAAUCAGUACAACACUAACAAUAGAAUCUGUUGGCGUGAUGAGGAGGCAAUGAAUACAGACCAGCCAGUGGUCAGCCAUCUUACCUCUGGUAAGCAUAAGGAAUAUGCAGAGCAAAACUGCUUGAAAAAUGUCAAAAGCGAACCUUCCAGUUACACACAAAUGUCAGAACUGCAAUCCAGGAGUCUUUUGACAAGCAUUGCUGUUCCUGUUAAACUGGAAACUAAUGAGACUGACAAGUGCUUCAGGAUGGACACCGAGGAUUUUACAGGACCUGAAAUGCCUGCCCAGACUGCAGAAAUAGCCACGAGUGUGCAGCCACCGCAGACCUCCAAGACAUCCAUCACGGACUCCAUGGAAGACUCCCUGUCCCUGACAACAGAAACCCUAAAGAGAGUUACAAGUGCUGGGGGCUCUAGCUGUCGCUUGUCCUCAGUGGAGGCCAACAAUCCCUUAGUGACACAGUUACUGCAAGGCAAUCUGCCUUUAGAAAAAGUGCUGCCGCAGCCCAGAUCAGGAGCCAAACUAGAAAUUAGCCGGCUUCCCUUGCCUUUGCAAACUACCUCAGUAUGUAAAACAGUAGUGGCUGAGAGAAAUAUUGUUGAACAUGCUUCCAACUCUCCUAAUCCAGAUGGUAAAGGAUUUACAGCAGGCAGCAUAGCCCCGCUACAAAUCAGAAAGCGUGAAAACCAUCCGAAAAAGAGGAUGGCCAGGACUGUAGGGGAACAUGCUCAAAUUAAAUGUGAGCCUGGGAAGGUGUCAAUGGACACAGAUGUUAAAGUGGCUCCUUGUGUAAUUAGUUCCAGCAUGAAUCAGCUAGGGCACGGACAGCCAUUUAAGCAGGAGUGGCUUAACAAACACGCCGUUCAGAGCCGGAUCGCUCACAGCCCAGAGAUCAAGCAGCAGAAGAGACCGUUGCCUUCAUGCAGUUUCCAGCAGAGCUUAUUUCACAUUGAUAAAAAUGGCAGCUUUCACGCAGAAGCCAGUACCUCACAUAGACAGCAUUUUUACCAAAUGUCCAUGGCUGCAAGAGGCCCCAUUCCUACGGCAGCUUUGUUGCAAACUACUUCAAAAGGCCCACCUGGCUGCAACUCAUUUGCUUUUAGCAGACACCUGGAACAGAAGGGUUUGGGGGACGUGAAUAUUUCUACAGCAGCUCACCAGCUGAGGCUAGGAAGUGUGUUUUCCCCUAAUAUUCAAAUUAAGGAAGGUGAUGACAUUGCCAGUGCCUCUCAAACUCUGCAGAGUAAAACAUUAACGCAUCCCCCUGCUCCCCCUCCGCCCCUUCCACCUCCUCCCCCUCCUCACCCAAAUGCCGAAGUCCCCUCUGAUCAAAAACAACCGACAGUUACUAUGGAAACCACUAAAAGACUUAGUUGGCCUCAGCCAGCAAGCAUCUGUAGCAAUAUAAAAUCUGAACCUAUUUCUUUUGAGGAAGGUUUAAGCAGCAGCUGCGAACUGGGCAUGAAACAAGCUUCCUAUGAUCAGAACGAAGUGAAAGAACAGUUAAAAGCGUUUGCAUUAAAAAAUGCAGAUUUCUCUUCCUAUUUACUUUCUGAGCCACAGAAGCCUUUUACCCAACUUGCUGCUCAGAAAAUACAGACGCAGCACCCACAGCAGCAGCAGCAGCAGCAGCAGCUCUGUGGAAAUUAUCCAACAAUACACUUUGGUAGCACAAGUUUCAAAAGGGCAGCGUCUGCAAUUGAGAAAUCGAUUGGGAUUUUAGGAAGUGGUUCAAACACUGCCACAGGCCUGUCUAACCAGAACGCGCAGAUCCCGGUUCAGAAAUUUGCUGACAGCAGCAACGCCGACGAGCUGGAACUGAAAUGCUCCUGCAGGCUGAAAGCCAUGAUCGUGUGCAAAGGCUGCGGAGCCUUCUGUCAUGAUGACUGCAUAGGGCCUUCCAAACUGUGUGUAGCUUGUCUGGUGGUGCGGUAGGAGCUCAGUCAAAGAUGCAGUAUCCCUUAUAAAUGUGGGAGAGCAGGACAAAGGAACAGAGAAAUUAGAACAGCUUAGGCCACUAAUGGUUUGCAAUUAGUGGAUUGAUUAUUUUUUUAAACUGUUUUUUUAUUUUUUUGUUCUUGUUGUUUUGGUUUGGUUUGUUGUUUUUUUUUUUUCUCUUAUGUGGUACUUUCAGAACUUAGUUAUUCUGCCUCAGUGCCAUUUUCUGGGAAGAAGAGGAGACCUGUAGAAGUAGUUUAAAAAAAAGAUAGCCUUGUUACUGAGGCAUCUAUGAGCUCUUGCUGUGCUAAAAAGAAAAAGAAAAAUGCAUUAAUGCAUGUAAUUCAUAGCUUCUAUUUAUUUGCACAAAGUGCAGCACAUUUUUUCUCCACUGUUUGAUAUUUGAUAUGAGCUGCAGGUUAAAGAUCAGUGGAAGAAUAGCACUGUAAGAAGUGGAGUAACUAUGCAGAAUGAAUAACACACUGAAUAGCAGCUGGUGUGAGCGGGGUAGUGGCAAGGUGUGGGGUGCCGACCAUUGUAGAUUCUAAGUGAGUUUGCAGUCUUUCUGCUGACAAGAUUGUUUUCUUCAAUUGACUUUCACUAUCUAGGGCUAGAAUAUAGUCACUUCACCUAACAAAAGAAAUUUAAAAGAGGAAUUUAGAUGGCUAGAGAAGUUUCCUUAUGUUCCAGGGACUGUGGAACUCAAAUCUUACUCAUCAUCUCUUCUUUGUUGAUUCCUUGAGAAAGAUUUGUGGUGAGUUAGCGGGACCAGCACUGGAAACACAUUGGCUUCUGUAGAGUCUGAAGAAGGUAGCUUCUCUGCUGGAGAUUAGAAAUCUCUUUUCUCUUCCUGUUUCUCACUCAAAUGGUCUUUAUUUGUAUUUGUCUCUCUAAUCUGUCCACUAGGUUUGUCAGUUCCAAAUAUAUAUAAAAGUAAGGUCAGACAUAGGUCAUUGGAUCUCGAGGUUGUAGUCUUUUUGUGGUCUAAAAAUGAUGCAUUCUUCUGAUGAAUGAAUAAGGAAAGAUUUUAAUUGCAUAUUGGUUGAAUGUUAGCUUAUAAUUUCUUUUUCCUCUUAUGUGAGUUACUCUAUUUAAAUAACAUCUGAGAGUUUUGCCAUUUAAAGUAAUUCUUAGAAGUACUUACAACACUGACUUUUUUUCUCUCAAAGAAAGUCAGACCCGUUUUAGAAAUUUGGAAGCAAAGUGUAUUUUUAAAAGGGAUACUGCAUCUUUAAAGUAACCUUCAGUAGUUAUCCAGUACUGUAUUUACAUUCAGGACUAUAGCUGCAUUCCAGAUGUGCUAGCCACCAUAACAGCAGAAAGGAGAAACAAUGAUUUUGGAGUCCUAUUCACCUAAAAGGAAAAUAUUAUAAAGGGAUAAAGCACAUGCAGUUGCUGGGGAGAUGAAAACACCUUGGGUUUUUCUUUAUUCCCACUUCAAGAACACAACAUGUGGAGUUCAAGUCACCUGCCAAUAUGUGGUUGGGUCUGCCCAAAUGUCAGCAUCAAGAGAAACAGGUUUUUUUUUACCAUCACAGCAGAACCUCACUAAUCCAAAGACCUUACAGCCCGCCCAAGAAAACUGAUUUUCCUUGCACAGUUUUAAGAGAGCAGUGUAGUAAGAAUGUGUGAGAUGUAAGACUGCUUGGUUUCAUUGUGCAGUGAACUGUUGCAUUCUGAAGUACUAAUGUGAACGAUAGAGCUACAUUUAAGAAAUUAAAAGUAUGCUGUAUUUCAGAGCAUACUUUUUUUGUCUGAUCUUUGUGUGCUUUUCAUCAGCUGUAAUCAGUCUCCCUGACUCAAGGGCAUAUUAGUGAGGUUCUGCUGAAGGAAGGAACCAUAUUUAUUUUCUUGCGGGACCAUUUUCACAAACAUGAUUAAUGCCGUUUGUUGUCUUAAAAGUGAGCUGGAAUAUCUACAACAUACAUUCCUGUCAUAGGAAGCUCUAUGGUGCACCUUGAUGUUCUCUUUUAUUGUAAUUAGCAACAUAUCAAUAUUAUUUUUGACACUGUGUGGUACAAAGGCCAUUUGUAAUAACUAACAAAUUUGUUGCUGAUACAAUAAUACUUUUUUUUUUCUAUACAAAAGUGCUCCUUAAUAUGACAUGUGAACUAAGGAACGGCUUCUCAGCACUUUCAGGUCUUCUGGUAGGAAAAUAAGCCAGCCAAGCAAAAACCUAAAAGUAAGCAAGUGAAAAUUAGCAUCCACUGCUAUGCCAGCUGCUGGUGAAAGAGCAACUGGGCAAUACUCAUGAGUAAGCAUGAGUGUAGUCAGUUAAUGUAUAUCAGAUUCAUAGUUGAGGAGCCUUUGUAUUGGAAUUGUAUUGCAUUGUAUUUAUACUUGGUAGAGCUAGGAUCUUCUAUUUAAAAAAAAAAAAAAAAGAGAGAGCAACCAGUCUUAAGACUUCUAUUUACCUAUGUUUAUAUAAGCCUGCUGGGAAUCUUUAUUUCUAGCUCAGGUUUUCCUGUCCACAGCACAUAAGUCAAUAUUUGUUUGUACUUGCAUCUUGAAAUAGUUCUUGUAUUGACUGACAUAAUACAGAAAUAAAUUCCGGCCACAGCAUAGUUUUCCUUUGUUUGAAGGGUAAGAGUGUGACUAAUGUGGUAGGUCACUCAUUCAUGUCAUGUUGUCGCUUUUGUAUCAGGAUUGCAACUUGCAUGUGUGAGGUCAUGAUAAAAUGUAUUUUAAAUGGCAUUAGACUGGAUGGUGCUAUGUUACAUUACACAACUGACCAAACUCUUCCAUAGUGCAGUUCCACUCCUUUCUUUUUGGAGUCAUUGGAGAUGCACCAGGAAUAAAUUCAAGCAAUUAGUUAGCAACAGUGGUGAAGUGUUGUUACAGAUUAGGUUUAGGGUAUGAAAAUACUCAAAAGCAACCACGGUGAUGUGAGAGCCUGAUUGAAUCCUAGCGUGACUGAAAACCUUUCGUGGAUUUAGGUAUCACACAAAUGCCUGGGGGAGAGUAACCCUAGGCCUUUGGUAAGACCACAGUCACAUUUAGACAUUAAUUUUGAAUUACUCCUUUUGUGUUUGUUGUUUCAUUGUUCAGGUUUCAGGCUCAGUGUCAUUGUGUUUUCUGAUGACCAUGCCAUUUGCACCGUGGGUUGUUAAUAGUUUAUGCACUGAAAAGUGGUGGAAGAAUUGCUUAAGAACACACUGCUCUGUGUUUGUGUGUACGUACGUAUGUGUCCCAAUGUCCAGCAUGUAUAAUUUACCUUUUUUUUUUUUUUUUUAAAUCUCAAAAAUUGUCCCCCUACUCCUACCCCUGGAGCAGCACUUUUGGGUGAGAGGGAGAAACGCUUUUUUCUUUCCUCCCUCUUUGUUGUUUUGAUUGCAUACCUGUGAGAUAUGCAGAUAACGUUAGGGCAUUUGCAGUGAGUGUGUUUGCGUGUUUCUGUUCCGAAAUAAUUUUCCAAGCAGAAACUCCCUUUGAAAUAAUGUUAAAAAAAUAAUUAAGAAAUGGUGAACUGGAUGCUCCCUGUUUGCAUUUUAUUUAUCUGCUGAGAUCUAGUACAUGAAAUAGCAUUUAAAAAGACAAAAAUAAAGGUUGAGCCAUAAAGCAAAAGGUAUAUUCUCUGUACUAUAGACUUUCUUCUUGAGGGUGGUGCAUGUUGUCAGGGUAAGCUACAGAACGUGCAGAUGGUUUUUCAGGGCCCUGCAAUUCCUUGCACAGUUUUUAAGCUGGUGCAUAUGGUGCUUUAUAAUGCAAUUUCUGAAGUAAAAUUACCUUAUGCUGCACCCCCUUCCCCUUAUGAACACACGCACAAUUUCAGAAUCGUUAUUGUAGCCUCUGGUUUAGCAGUUUCUCCAAGGUGUGGUGAAGUACCAGGAUAAACACUCGAGAUGAGCUGAGAAGUGUCACCCAAAGGGAUCAUUUUAGCUGACGCACAUGAAGGGCCCUGCUCUGAACACUGAAUGGCUUCUGCAGUCUCCUGGCAGCAGCGCAGGGCUCAUCUUUGUGGCUCUGCAGAGCACUGGGGGGGAAGCAGCGAAAUAUUCAGUGGCUUUAUCAUGGACCUGUGUGGCUAAAUGUUUCUGAAUCUUUGAAAUCCUGUUGUCUUCGGUCAUCAUGCUUUGUCACUGUAAAACCAACGAAAAGAAAAAAAAAGCAUUUUUUAGUCUAAUUUAAGGAGCUGCUUCUUUUAUAGCACAUAAUAUUUCGCUUUGUACUAUAUUUGAUAGUUAAAGAAUAAUUUAGUCCGUAGAAUAACUUUGUUGUAUUUGUACUGUUCAUGAAUGUUACAAGAAAAGUGCUUUACUUUGUUGCCAUAAUUCUCUUGUACUGCUGUAAAAUAUUUUUUCUGCUUUAUGGAAACUUAACUCGGUUCACAUUUUCAGUACAGGGUUUUUUGUGUGUAUGUAAUUUUUUUUUUUUUGUCAGUAUUCUGAAUGUUUACAUCUGUUCAACAUUAGCCAUUCUAUGCCUUUAUUGGGCAGUAUUACUCCUGCAGUAUAACAGCAAUGUGAAAUCCACUCAUACCUAACAUGCAUGAGAAAUACAGAUUUAUUGGGGAGAUCCCUAACGUGCAUAGAUACUUUUUCUAUCUGCAUUCAGUGAAGUAAAUACCCUCCUUCAGUCCUCUACCAAAGAAAAUGUUAUCCCCACAGGACAAGCUCGGAAAGUGGUUCUCUGAAUUUUCAGAAGGGGGUGUAGUUGGUUUCAGCAAGAUUGCUACAGUUUAAUGCUGUUAUGCUUUGCUUUGUUACCCCACCAGACUGGGUGAAACAAGCAUUUUAGCAAUUUUUUGUGUUUCAAGACAGUGUUUUGUUUAGAAUUCAGGGAUCAUGCUUUCUUUAAUGGUGCUGUUUGUUUUAUUAUUUUUUUUAAGAAAACAACCUUUUGUUGCCUACAGAAAUGACCAUUCACAAAACCAUAAAUUAAAUAAAAUAAUUUGUCUUCAUAACUUUCCUCCCUUUCCUUUCCCCCUUCCCUGUCCCUUGAAAAUAACAACUUGGGCUUCAAUAUUAAAAUAUUCUGGAAAAAAAUAAAGAGAUAAAAUAA